GCUCUCAUCGAGGCCCAUCUUAUGGACCUAGUGCAUACACGGGUGAAGGGGCGAAGGCGUUGCGACAUCAACACUCUGAUCCCCACCAGCUUCGAAUCUACACCGACCGUUCUCACUUCUUCCCUACUGAACUGAACGCCAACGCGGAGCGUGUGGUCUCCUUCUAUAUAUCGUGGACCUCAGAGCCUCGAGUUCCCGAACCUCACGCCAACGCAAGCAAGCAACGAGAGCCCGCGCCGCGCCCUUCGAGCACAGGCAGCACGCGACCGCGCAGAGGGAGAGGCGGCAUUAAUGGCGGUCGUGGGCGAAGAGUACUGCGACCUCAAGGAGCGGCUGCUCACGGUGCGCAAGACCUCCCACUUCUCCCCCGGCGACGGCUUCGCGGCCUACGACAACCGCACCGGCGGCCUCGCCUUCCGCGCCGACACCUACGGCCGCGGCCACGGCGGGGGCGCUGCCUCCCCCGGCGAGCUCGCACUGCUCGGCCCCGCCGGCGAGCCCCUCCUCACCGUGCGCCGCCGCCGCCCGUCCCUCCACCAGCGGUGGGAGGGCUUCCUCGGCGCCCGCGCCGACGGCCAGAAGUCCCUAUUCUCCGCCCGGAGGUCCUCCAUUCUCGGCGGCGCCGGGCGCGGCGCCGUCGUCGAGCUCCUCCCUUCCCCCGCCUCCGCCGCUGCCGCCGAGCUCCGCGUCGAGGGCUCCUUCUCGCGGCGCUGCUGCCGCGUGGUGGCCAAGGGCGAGGACGGGGAGGAGACGGUGGUGGCGGAGAUCAGGAGGAAGGUGGACGAGGUGGCGCGGGUGGUGAUGGGCAGGGACGUGUUCGUGCUGCGGGUGGGCGCCGGCUUCGACGCGGCCUUCGCCAUGGGGAUCGUCCUCGUGCUCGACCAGAUCACCGGCGACGAGGCCGACGGCGACGACGCCGCACAGGAUCCCGUCCACGCCAAGAUUUGGUGACCGGAGAGUUGCUUCUUUCUUGGUUUAGCCGUAGAGAGUUGGCGAACUUAUUUUCUCCCCGCUUUUCUUCCUGUGUGUGCUCGUGUCCCUGCCCUCGAUCGGCAAUGUACAAUACAUGCUGGAUUCGUUGCUGAAGCCAUUUUUUUUGUAUCUAGCAACCCACCAGUUCAGCAGAAAAACUCUGCUAAGAAUAAUAAGAUCAGCAAUGCAUCACUCGGAGAAA